AUGGUGUUAAGUAUGUGCUAUCUGGUUUUCGACGCGCUUCAAGACGGCAACGAGGUCGCAUCAGACAUCCAGCGUAUCACAGGAGCCAAUGACUGGCUGCCCAAGACCCCUCAAGAGCUCUGCAACCGCAUCCUGCACACAGUAUACAUGGGCAUGACAGAAUGCUCAUCCGAAGAGACACGUUCACGAGCUCAACGUCUCGCAGAAGGCAUGGGCGCCCACCACAUCAGCAUGUCCAUUGACGCCGUCUACCGAGCCGAGCGAGACCUUCUUCCCCAGUACACAGGCUUCACUCCCGACUUCCGAGGCUCUCCAGCCGAGAAUCUCGCCCUACAAAACCUGCAAGCACGUAUCCGCUCAACCACAGCAUACUACCUCGCCCGUACACUGCCUGUCAUCCGCAACCACCCCGGCGGAGGCGGCCUCCUCGUCCUAAGCUCCGUCAACGUGGAAGAAUCUCUCAGAGGUAACUUAACAAAGCACGAUUGCAGUUCCGCAGACCUCAGCCCCAUCGGAAGCAUCUCCAAGAUCCAACUCCGUUCUUUCAUCCGCUGGGCACGCACCGCCUUCACCCUACCCAUCUUAGACGAGUUCCUCGACGCAAUUCCCCGCGCUGAGCUCGAGCCCGCUAGCUUCGGUUCAUGCGACGACAAGGAAAACGGCAUGACGCACCAAGAGCUUUUCAUCUUUGCCAAGCUGCGCAGUGAAGAGCGACUGGGGCCCUUCGAUAUGUUCCAGCGUCUGCUGUGUGAUUGGCAGGAUAGGAAGAGUGCGCGGGAAGUCGGCGAUCUGGUGAAGCGGUUCUGGACGUUCUAUGGUAAUAACAGGCAUAAGAUGGCGGCUGUGACGCCGGCAGUCCACGCAGCGGGUUACAGUCCUGAUAACAGAUUUGAUCAAAGACCCAUGUUGUAUCCGCGGUUCGAGAAUAGUUGGGCGUUCAAGAGGAUUGAUGGGGUGGUUGAUGAGCUGGAGCGUAGAGUCAAGAUGGAAGAAGAUGAGGAGAUACGCUUUGGGGAAGUGGGCUUUGGAGAGGAACCGCGCGUAAAGGCAAGGCUGUAG